CGCAGGUCGCUUAACAGACUGCGAAGUGAUCCAAUCAAGAGCUUGCCGGGCGGAGACUUUCGUGGCACGGCGUCCGAAGUACAUGUAGCGUGUGGGACUUUAAAUCUUAAACCAGUUGAUUGUUAAUUCAGCGAUUGUCUUUGUGAUCGAUCCCGUCCCUUGUUAGAUCCGGUUGGUGUUGGAUUCGCCUGGUCCGCAGUCAUCAUGGGGAGAGCGCCAAAACUAUCUAAUAGCACAGAGGCUGGGGGACAACCUUCACAUGCUUUGAUUGGAAAGAAAAUGUCAAAACGCAGCGGCGGAAGAGGCGGGGAGGCACCGGAAACCGGUCGAUCCGGGGGAACCAAUGAGAACAAGCCGAAAAUGAACGGGGAAGUGGGACAUGGCAUUCAAUCGAAAAUCCCUGAUUUUAUGAGCCCAUCUAAAACGCCUAGUGUGCGUCCUCCUCUUCAGGAAGAAAACUCCACUCCGCUCCAUGAGGAGCGCAAAAAUGGUAAAGCCUUUUCAGAGUCUCACAAAAAAGCAGAAGAAGAAAAGAAGAAAAUUGUUGCUAUAUCAGAACCAAAAAGCAAAGCCACAGAGCACAAGGACAGUGAAAGUAGUGUGUCUGAUGGUGCUCAGGUCCAGAAACGAAGCUUGACUGAGCCACCAAAGAAGCUGAACCCUACUGACAAAAAGCCAGAGCCCAAAAAGAUGGUCAAAAAAAAAACCUACAAAGUACGAGGAUUCAACUCUCCAAACAGAAAAGUUACAGACUAUUUUAAAGUUAGAAGAAGCUGUAGGAAAAGCAAAACUGAGCUAGAGUUUGAGGAGAAGAAAAGAAUAGAUGACCUAAUUAAGAGUGGCAAAGAGGAGGGGCUGAAGAUUGAUAUCAUUACUGGUAAAGGCCGAGGUGUGAUUGCAACUCAGAAUUUUAGUCGGGGAGAAUAUGUUGUAGAAUACCAUGGAGAUCUUAUAGAAAUUACAGAUGCAAAGAAACGAGAAGCAGCAUAUGCCGAAGACACCUCCACUGGCUGCUACAUGUACUACUUCCAGUAUUUAAAUAAAACCUACUGCGUUGAUGCAACAAAAGAAACAAACCGUUUAGGAAGGCUUAUAAAUCACAGCAAGUGCGGCAACUGCCACACCAAACUACACAAUAUCAACGACGUACCUCACCUCAUAUUGGUCGCAUCAAGGGACAUAAAAACAGGAGAGGAACUUUUGUAUGACUAUGGAGAUCGGAGCAGGUCAUCCAUUGAAGCACAUCCUUGGCUUAAGCUUUGACCUGCGUAUGGAUGGAUUUUUACCCAUUGCUUUUGUGAACUGAUUUGGUUUUAGGCAGCCCCUUUUCCAUUAGUAUUGCACAUUUAACACUUAGAUGCCAACAGCCUUGAUCAUAGUAUUUUUAUAUUGAUAGUUUCUGUGCUUAAGAAGCAUGCAGUGAAAUGAAGAAUUUAGUUCUGUACACAAGGAUGUUUUGUAUUCAAGUGGUUCUGACAGAUGAUCAUUGCUUUAGACAUCUUGUUGGGUAGCCUGUUUUUUCAAAGCAAUCACUUUGAUAUCCUUUUAGCUGCAAGUGAAGGAUUGAGUAAAUAUCAUUGUACCAGUCAAGGGCAAACAGUACAUUUUGUAUAUGUGUAUUUAAAGGGGAAUUUAAGGCCAAUUUAUUCUUCCAGGUAUUAUCAGAAGUAUGUUGUGGGCAACACAGCAGUAAGUGUAUACAGUUAGACCUAUUGAGACAACCAAGCAUUUCUAUUGAAGUAACCCACAGCAACCAAAAAGCAGUCCUCUUUAUCUUGGCUGCAGUGAAAAGAUGGAAGAUUUCAUUUGAUAUGCUGUAAGUUGCCGCUGUCUGUAUAGAACAAUUGUUGCUCUUUGUGCUCCUUUGCUUAACAUAAACCUGAAGGGGCUCCUCUGAAAA